GACCCCUCCACCCAUCCCCCCGGCACCGGCACCGGCACCGCGAAAGCAGCUCACCGACCGGCCAGCAGCAUCGACAGCCUCUGCCCUAUUGAUUGAUGCGCCGUCAGCCAUUCUGACCAUAACCAUGGGGAGGCGGCCGAAUGCGCUCAUCCUGCAGUACUUCGAGCGGGGACCGAAGCUGCAGGACCAGAGCAAUCGCUACCCGCACACUUGCAAAGCAUGCGGCGAGCAUUUCCCCCGUGGUCGACUCGACAGCCUGACGAGCCAUCUCACCAAGAAAUGCCCAGCAAUAUCCGAGGCGGAACGAGUGAACGCCCUUCUCACGCUCUCUGGCGUGGGCUCUGCCUCCCAGCGAUUUCAACAGACCCAGCAGGCCCAGGCCCAGGCUCAAGCACAAGCCCACGCUCACGCACAGGCCCACGCCCAUGCCAAUGGCUCGUCUGUCGAUUUGCCCAUGAUACAGCGCGACUGGACCGCUCUCGGAGUGCUCGCCGAAGUGUCAAGACAGAUUGAUUUGAACGAGAAGAACGACGACCGUGGCCAGCCAAAUGGCGGUGGCUCCCAAGUUGCCGCACCCCCGGCAGGGCAACCCGCAGAGCGGUUCGAGCUGCAGGAGCAAUUUACUAUUGAGAACCCGCCGUUGAGCCAGGACAACGGCACGCCCAAAUCGAUGCCAGCCAAACCCGAACUUUCGCCGCCCGAAGGCGACGGAGUGCUCACCGCCGAAGAGCAUCUCCAAGCGAUGCUACGCGCCGAGGAUGCGCAGUCGGACUCGGCGAACAUCACCAUGGCUGCCGCUGCGACGGCUCGUCUGAAUCCCACGUACCUCGACCCCGAAAUCCUUGGCGAAGAAGCUGCGGCAGCUGCGGAGGCGGCUACUGCGAGUGCCAAUGCCGCUGCCGUGGCUGCAGCCGCCGCUGCCAGCACCCUCCCUGUGGCCGAUAUGACCGGCACCGAAGAAGUCCCCCCGGCUCCCCCGGUUCCAAGCACGCCUGCGCCCCCUUCAACGAGUGCGCCUCAGCCUUGGGGCGAGAUCACCUAUGCGACCGACUCGUUCCAGGCGACCAUAUCUAACAAUACCCCCAUGCAACCCAUCUCGGCUCCGCUCGGAAAAGGCGUAUUCCGCUUAGAGGGCGGUCCGAAUGGUGCCAAGUCACGCCAUUCCAGGGCGCGCUUUAAUGCGAUUAGGAGAAAAGAGGUGCAGGAGGUUCGGAAAAUCGGCGCCUGCAUCCGCUGCCGAGUCCUCAGGAAGACGUGUUCCCAGGGUUCACCUUGCGACACCUGCCGGAAGGUCCUGUCCCCCCGCGUGUGGCGCUCAGGCUGUGUCCGCACCAAGUUCUCCGAGCAGCUGGAUUUGUACUCCGCUGGCGUCCAGAUUGUCCUCGCCCAAGCGAGAGUAAACUCGCUCAAGCAGGCCAUGACCCUCGUGAACCAUGGCGUAUUGAUCGAGGCCUGUCACUUCCCCGACUGUGCCCCGCGUCUUCAGCUCCAGGUCUUGCAGCGCGAACCCGACCGCGACGUCGAAGGAAAGAUCAUCCUCGACGCGACGAUUGUGGAGGACCGGCCUUCCAGCUAUCCCAUUGUGAUGCUGGACACCGACAACCAGGACGUGCCUGCGAGAGUCGAGACAUACAUGCGCGAAAUCCUGCCCGACAUGAUCAAGCGCGAGCCGUCUCACUUCAUGCAGGUUACCUUGCAGACUGCGGUUGAGGUCGCCGGCCAGACGAACGAUGAAUUGCUCAAGAAGUCGCUUGAGCUCUGGGGUCUCGUCGAGAUCCUGGACCGGGAGCGCCAGUGGACGGUCAGCGCCAAGUCGUGGGCCGACGAUGCCCCCGCCAGAGCGGUGAAGGAAGACACCGACGGGGAGCUCUUCAACACGAUCUGCCUCCAGCUCGCCGCCGCGGCGGAGAGGAAGGCGGCCGCCACCAGCAAAGCGCUGCUCACCGGCAUGCAGCGCGUGCUGCAGGACAGCAAGGUCAAGAUCGACUUCAACAUGUACUUCGCCGUCCUGAUCCUGCUCAACUGCGUCGAGAAAUCGAGCUGGGCCUUCAAGGCCUGGGAGCAAGAGAACCUGCGGCACCUCUGGCCCUUGGAGAAGGAGCCCGUCAGCUUCGCCCAGCAGGGCUACGUCAUCGCGAACCUCUUGCAUAUGCUCCUCGGCAUCCGCAAGGCCCUGCCCCGGACGACGCGCCGGGAGAUCGACGGCCGACUGGUUACUGAGGAGGAGAACCCGGCCAUCAGGGCGUAUUUUGAGGCCAUCAACCUCGACUUUGCCGAGGUCAAAGCGAAACAGGAGCGUCCAGCCUUCUCGCCCACCGACUCCCGCUCCUUCGAGCUCUUGUUUUGCUCGACGCUCCUUCUGCCCAGCUCCGACCCCUGAUAGAGGCGGACCCGGUUACGAAGAUGGGGCCCUCGACAUCUCGCUUUUUUUCUCUCUUUUUCUUUGAUUCUAGCCAUGCGAUUCGUGCGGGAUCUGCACAUCCACGGGCUUCCAUGGCUUAUGAACGGACUAGGCCAUGUAUGGUUUGCGGGGAUUCUCCGGCGUCACGGGGACUCAGGAAUGCUUCGCUAUAUCAUGA